GCAGCGGAGACGCGCUGGCAGUCGAGCGCUAGGAACGGUGAAGGUGGGUUGCACGCGCCGCGAGGAAGACAAGACGCACAUGUGUUGACACCAUGGCGAUCAACCUGAAUGACUUCAGCAUACGCUACCCAGAGUUUCCCAAGUACAUCUGGGACUCGCCGACGCCAUACUCGGAUCUCAUGCAGAUCAAAAAGGACAGGAGGAAUCCGGAGCACACCAAACGCCCGCUGAACGCCUUCAUGCUCUUCGCCAAGAUCCAGCGGGAGAACAUCACGGCGAACUUCAGCUGCAACCACUCUGAGAUCUCCAAGGCGCUGGGCCGCCUGUGGCAGGACCUCAGCAAGGACGAGAAGGAGCCGUUCAUGCGCGGCGCCAAGACUCUGGUGGAGCUGCACCGGCUCGAGUACCCCGACUACAAGUACCGGCCGCGCAAGAAGGGACAGCCCAAGGAGACGGUCGCCAAGACGACCGCCUCCCCGGCCGCCAAGAAAAGCUCGUCGCGUCAGGAGCGUAAGCCGGUGGUGGCGGCCAGCUACAUGUCCCCGGCCAGCCCGCCGGGUCUGACCGCCGACCCGAGGUACCUGGGCGGCGGCGGCAGCCCGCUGUCGGCCGUGGCGGCGCCCGACAGUCCGCUGUCCUCGUGCUACGGCGGUGUGUCGCCGCUGUCGCCGGCCGGCUCGUCGCACUGCCAGGCCAGUCCGGCCAGCGUGCUGCACACGCCCUACAGUCCGGUGCCGUCCAUCGGCUCCUCGAGCGGCUACGAGUCGGAGAUGUCCUCGGGCCUGGCGGCGCACGAGCUGUCGGCCGGCGCCGCCGAGGAGGCCGCCUUCUACGACAUGUCGCCGGCCGGCCACUGCCCCUUCUCGCCGGAGCCCGAGGCCGACAUGGAUCUGGAGCUGCGCGAGCUCGACGUGCAGCCGCUCGACGAGGAGUCGUCGCUGCUCAACCCGCUGGCCAUGUUCCCCGUGCUGGACCUGUGCAGCGACGACCUCGACGACCUGGCCUUCGCCUUGUAGGCGGCGCCAGGCUCGGCCGCGCUGACGACGCUCCGGUACAAAUGGGUGUGCAUGAUUCUGGCUGUGGACUGUGUGGCUGGCGACCGGGCGGCGGCCGGGACUGAGGUCGCCGACCCGGUCUGAACGGGUCACGAUAACGCGGUGUCCGCGACACAGCGUCCCGAUCCCGCUCAGACCCGCCCCGGGUCUCCUUUUGAACCCCUGCUGAAGGUUUUAGCCUUCUGCGCGCCGGUGAGGCCAUGCAGGAUCGUCUCACUCGCCACCGGUACUGUUUCGCAAUCAAAAUUAUCGCACCGCGCGACGGUAGCCACACGGGUGCGCGUCUGCGUCCCAGCUGCUGUCUCUAUUUAUCCUAGUCUGCGACGCGGCCGGCCCGACGGCAGCAGAACGAAUUGUGCGAGAGAGCGAGGCCGCGCGGCCGGGUUGCUGGGCGGCCGCCGGCCGCCGGGUCGGGUAUUUAUUUUCCAAUUGAUCUCAGCCGAGUGGCUUCGUGCCGCUCCGUAGUUUGUAGGUGGCUGUGGACACUGCGCCGGCCCGUGAGCGAUGAGUGCCUGACUGAGGCGCGCCCCUGUACGAGCUGCUGCGGGGUGCCGCCGACCCACACUGACUCGAAACCCUGGUGCGUUUGAAUCGUUUUAUACCCUAGACCUGCAAUCAUAAGUGUCGAUUUCUUCUGUUGAUUUUUAAUCCAUUAUUCAUCCUCUGGUUUGAUAAAGCUGAUGUUGACAUUAUGAUAUGAAAUUGUCACAUAUUUCAUGGGUUUAUUUCAAGAAUUAGUCGCAAUUUUCAGAGAACGACACUUCUCAUCUAUCCUUGCGUUGUCCCUGGGUCAUUGUGGUGGGUGUGUGGUUUACGCGUACGUCCGUCAUUGUUCUGGCGACCGGAGCGGUCGGGCUGGUUGCCGCGGACCCAGAGUGAGUGCCUGAAUGUGCCGGGGGAGGCUGAGGUGACACCUGCGCUGUGCCGCGUGAUGUGUCGCCCCUCGGACGGUCUAGCUUGGCUCGUGUGUGGCGGAGGAUCGCUCGCGCGCCUCUGGAGCUCAGCUCUAAUAUUGAUAAUGUUGACUUUGGUACGACUUUGUGCUGGUCACAGCUAAAAUCGAGAUCGUCGGACAGCAGUUUUGGCUGGCUGGUGCCAUUGCAUCCAUCGUCUACCUCACCCGCGACGCGUUUGCUCUGGUCCGGCUGUCUUGCAGCUCAAAUGCCCAUAUUUUCUGCACCCUCUGUGCCUGAACGACAGUCCGACGGAGUGUCCCUCACCAGUGCAAUUCGGCACUGUGCAAUCCGGACCGGGCCCUGGCGGUCACCGGCAGUUAUUGGUCGAUAAUUUGCGGCUCACAGUCGGCGUUUAACAGACGCCCGACCAGAUUUUAUCAGCUCCCUGAUCUCUAUCAAAAACGCAGCGAGACUCGGCGCUCGCGGAUAAAAAACGAAUUGCGAUCGAUUGCAAUAUGCUCGUUAGUGUGUGACAUUGCGGCGUCUGAUCUGCCCGCGAGUCCGAGACGCCUUUGACGUCAUUUGUGACGUCAUUGGUGUUUUGUGUUGAGCGCAGAUUUUUGCUCUAGAGAUAGCGCGAUGAAUACCUCCAUUUGUAAAUAGAGCGUGUUAUGAUAAAGGUAUGAGUUGACGCGUUAUGAAGGUAUCAGUUGGAUUUUGUUCGUGUUCGCCCAUGUAUCUAGUCCGAUUUUGUAAUUUUGUAUGUGUAAGUGUUCUGAAGCUGUAUCGUUUGUUACAAUAUAUCACUUGAACACUGAAA